AUGAAGUCUAUCUUCACAAUAGUCGCAGCUAUUAUUUGUUUCCAUUCCAUGGUCCAUGGAAAUAAAGAAACUAGAUUAACAAGAAGUACAAUAUCUGAUUUGAAAUACAUCAAAGACGAAGGUGCUUUAAAUUCAUGCAUGCAACCAAGCAACAGAAUUAUGUCAUUUUGUAAUAUGUCUUAUUCUGUUCCCUCGUCCUAUAUGAGAGGCAUUGCCAAGCAAAUGGAUUUUAUCGUCGAUUACAUAAACACACGAGCAUCUAGUUUUACUCCUCAGUGCCUAUUUAAUACAAAAGAAGUUCUCUGUAAAGGACUAUUACCAAAAUGUUCUUCAAACUUAACGACAGCAUCGUACUUAACUAUAACCCAACCAUGUUUAUCGCUCACUUCAUGCCCAAAUGGUAUAUUUACAACAAUCAGCCGAACUCCUGCAUCAUUAUGUAAUUUAUCUGGUCGGCAAUUUAGUCUAAAUACUUGUGUUAGCUCGAGAAUUACUAGUUUAAGUCCUGGAAUUUGUGGUACUUUUCCCAAUGUUACCGUACCUCCAUGGGCCGUUCCAAUUCUACAAAGACAAGGAGCUUCGGUCUUAGCAUUGCGUGUAGGUUAUAACCUACUUGGAGUUAGUUCAGACUGUAUCAAUAGAUGGACAAAGUUUGCAUGCCAAGCUUCAACAGCUUGUAAUGCAACUCAAGACGGAAUAAUUACUUUUGGCUGGAGUAGGGAAGAAUGUACGGCUGCUGUGAAUUGUUUGCCAGAUGCAAUAAAAACGCCAACUGCGGGCCAAUUGGAUUGUAAUAUUUACCCUAGUUCGUCUGGUGCAUCGCCAUUAUCAUUGCACUAUACUCUGAUUGCAGUCAUCUUAUUCUUGGCUACGUGGAUAAAUUACAAAUAG